AGGCCACAGUCCCGCCCCACCUCCCCCGUCCUCCAGAGCCUUGGUCUACCCUGCCUCCGCACGCUGCCUGGCAGUGAAAACCGCCUCCGGCUCCAUUGGCUUUGGUUGGAGCGUAGCCGCAGGAGGGUGGCGGGUCGCUGAGACCCCUCCAUGAGCCUCCUUUCCCUUCCUGGGAAGGCCUUUUCAGCACUAACGUUACGUUUGGUUUUCUUUUUCUUUUUGGUUUACUGAGACAGGGUUUCUCUGUGUGGCUCUGUAGACCAGGCUGGCCUCGAACUCACGGAGAUCCUCCUGCCUCUGCCUCCCGAGUGCUGGAAUUAAAGGCGUGCAUCACCACCGCCCGCCCCGGCUUAAUGUUUGGUUUUUUCCCACUGGUUUUCCUCCCUGGCUUGCUUCCUAGACAAGAGGGGUUUUCAUUUGCGCACUGUUUCCUGCCUGUGCUGGAAUAGACCUUGUUAAAUAUUUAUUGUCAUGUUUGUUUGGCACCCACAGCAGCCAAGGCACUAUGUGCUAUAAAACAAACUAACUACACCCCCCCCCAAAAAAAAAGCCCCUAAGGACUGUAAUUCUACUUGAAGACAUGUUAAUCAACAUGGGACAACUGACUCUUGUUUUUUAUGGACUCCCCCAGUGAUAGGGAGUUGGAAAGAGGAUGAAGGGCAUUUCCAACUUUACACUUGUGUUAUCGUUUUAAGCUUCUGAGUCCAAAGUAAAGACAGAAAAGACAAGCUCAGCCAUGGACUUGUAAGGGGUGUUACAUGGGGGUGGGACAGGACCUCUUCAGAGACUCUGAGAAUGCCCACGGUGUUAAGGGCAGAUUUUUUUGGCUGGUGUCAAUUUCGGAAAGAGAGAGAAAGGAGACUGCAAAAGACAAACGCUCUCUUUCUGAGACCUCAGAAAACAUGGAAGCUUACCAGUUAGGAUCUGCUAAGGUGCGUAUGGAAACUACAGUGUACCGACCAGUCCUGUCUCCAACCCGCGUCAACGCAACAGCGUCUGAGACGUUCACAGUGCUUCAGCAGAAGAUGAGAAUUGUUGAGGAGCAGACCAGUUCCCUGAGAGAUGACCUGCUGAUGCUGGGCUGUGCUGACAAACGAGGUCAAUUAGAAACUUCAGACUAUUUCGGAGACCCUGCCAGCCAGAAAAUCAUUAGUCCUAUCCCAAGUGAAGUAAUUUGUCCAGAAAAACCAGGUAUUUUAUGGAAGAACUGGGAGUUUCUGGUAACUCGAAUGUGCCAUUUGGAAAACCUCAUCCAGUCCCUGAAGAUGAGCAUCUUCCAUCUGCAAACUGAGAAGGAGCUGAAUCCACAGAAAACAGCUUUUCUGAAGGAUCAGCUGAAUACAAUACAGGAGGAGCACUGCAUGGACCUGAAGCUGCUGCGCCUGGAAGUGAUGAAUUUGCGCCAGCAACUGAAAGAUGUCAAGGAGGAGGAAGACAAGGCGCAGGAUGAAGUGCAGAGACUGAUGGCCACUUUGGAAAUAGCCACCGAGACAACGAAGAAUGCAGCUGUUAUUGAGGAGGAGCUGAAGACCACAAAGCGUAAAAUGAACCUUAAAAUUCAAGAGCUAAGGAGACAGCUGGCCCAGGAGAAGCACUUCAGGGAAUCUCUGGAGAAAUCUGCAUCGUCCAUGCUACUCAAGCUCCAAGAAAUGGGGUCAACUGUGGAGGCAGAGCGGCAGCAGGUGCACACUUUGCAGCAGAGCUGCACUGCCCUACACAGCUCCAUACAAACCACCCAGGAGCUGCUGGCCCAGGAGCAACAGAAGAAUGGGCAGCUGGAGACGGCCACCUCGCAGCUCAACUCUGACCUAAUUUCCAGAGAUAACCUCAUCUGCAAGUUGGUGGAAGAAAGUAAGAGUACACAGAUAUCUUUGAAGAAGGAACAUGAAGAAAACACAUAUUUGAAAUCUGAAAUGGUGUCCCUUCGAGAAGUAUCAGAAAAAGCACAGGUUUUGAAUGGCCAGCUUUCCAGAAAGUGUUCAGAGCUAAGCAACAUGCUUCAGAUUGUUAAAAAGGAAAAUGCCGACAUUAUUGCUGAACAACAUGCUAUCCUGCAGGUGGAGCAGAAAAUGAUAACAGAGACAUUUCAAGAGCAAAAUCUCCUGUUAGAUGCCGCCCAUGCCAGCAUCACUGACCAGCUCCAAACUGUUCAGAACGAUAAAACCCAGCUCCAGAUCCACCUAGACCACUUAAUCCUGGAGCACAGCCAGUGUGUCCAGAAAGCACAGGAAGCCGCAGAGAGGACAAAGGUGCAAAAAGAACUUCUGGAGUCAACUAUUGCCAGACUGCGGGCUGACCUGGAAGCCUCAAUGCAAGAGAGGAAGUCUCUGCUCGAGAAGAAUGAAAGGUGGCAGCAGGAGGUCAAGAAAACAGAAAAGGAAGUAGCCAAAGGAAAAUGCAAUUUGGAAAAGGAAUUAGCUAAAAGCAAGGUAGACAUAAACGUAUUGAACCAAACCCUACAGACCCUAAUGGAAGAAAAUAAGCGUCUGGGAGAUCAAUUGUCUUCCCUUGAACACCACAGAGCCGCUUGUGACUACCAUGGGUUUGCUCAGCAGAAAGUGGAAAAGGCCUUGGAAAAAAUUACUGAGAGCAAAAGUAAACUGGCCUAUGAAAAGGGAAAACUCCAGACAAAAGUUAAACAGCUGGAAGAACAGCUGCACUCUUUCAGUGAGACCAAGCUGCAGAACGACCAUUUGCACAAGCUGAAUAAGGCUUUAAAGGUCAGACAUGCUCAGGCAAACGCAGAGCUGAGUGCCAGCAAGGCACACCUGCAACAGAAGGACGCUCACCUGAAAGAGCUUCUUCCAGAACAUUCUGCCAUUUCUCUUACUGAAGUGGGUACUCCUGGAACAGUAAGUCUUAGACUUACUUGGUUCUGUUACCUGUGGCUGGAGAUGCCUCCAAGAAGAAGGAAAUCUCCAGAGAGGGCCACGUCUUCGAAAUCCCUCGAAGCGUCCCGGCUUUAUGUCGGCAGUGGGAAGGAGAAAGCUCCAGCGGUGGCCUUGCCCACUGUUAUUCCGAACUCCACGCGCCGAGUGACCUUUGCACCUGCCUUGCCUUCUGUGAGAGUGUCUCAGGAGAUUGGAGACUCCAGAAUCUCUCUAAAGACUCUUCUGAAUGCUAUUAAAACCAUGGAGGGAAGGCUGGAAGGCAAAAUAGACAUUCUUGCCUCAAGACCUUUACUGAGUGAAGAAUCAUCAAAUUUUCUUAAACGAGAUUCAAUGAAAUCUAUUCUUGGGAAAAAUGAAGAAGAGCUGGCCCAAGCUGUGAAGUGUCGCGAUGCCGCCCUGAAAGAGAGCCAGAGGUUGAGAGGGGACCUGGAGGCUUUGGAGGACAGAGAGAGCAAGAAGGUGGGAAACUUCCAGCGACAAUUAGCAGAGGCUAAAGAGGACAACUGCAAAGUCACCAUCAUGCUGGAAAAUGUGCUGGCUUCUCACAGCAAGAUGCAGGGGGCGCUGGAGAAAGUCCAGAUAGAGCUUGGGCGGAGGGAUUCCGAGAUCGCCGGCCUCAAGAAGGAAAGGUCUCUAAAUCAACAAAGAGUCCAGAAGCUUGAAGCAGAAGUGGACCAGUGGCAAGCCAGGAUGCUGAUUGUGGAGGCCCAGCACAGUAGUGAGAUGGAGCCGCUACAGAAGUCUCUGGACAUAACUAGAGAGGACAACAGGAAACUGGCCAUGAGCCUAGAGCAAGCUCUCCAGACAAAUGGCCAUCUGCAGUCUAAGCUAGAUAACAUCCAAGAAAAAUUGGAAAGCAAAGAAUUUGAGCGGCAGAAUUUAGAAGCCUUCAAAGAGCGGAUUGCUGAGGAGUCCAAAGUGGAAGCGGAAUUGCAUGCGGAGCGCAUCGAAGCCCUGAGAAAGCAGUUUCAGGUGGAGAGAGAGACUGCGAAGAAAGCCACACAGAGGGAAGUUUCCGAGCUGAAGAAAGCUCUUGACGAAGCCAACUUCAGAUCAGUAGAAGUGUCCCGGACAAACCGAGAGCUACGACAGAAACUGACGGAGCUGGAGAAGGUGGUGAACAAUAACAAGGAGAGACUCAAGAACCAGAAGGCUCAGAUAAAGCUGCACUUGUCGGCCAAGGCAAACAAUGUGCAGAAUCUGGAGAGGAUGAAGCAAAUAGAAAAAGAAUUAAGGCAAAUGGAGAUAAUUAAGGACCAAUAUCAGAAAAAGAACUACGAACAGUCUCUGAGUAUCCAGAGAUUUGUGUCUGAGAUGAAUGCCCUGCAGAAGGAGAUGGAACGGUUAGCCAAGAGCCAGUGUGAAACCUCGGCGCGGAACAAACAGCAGGAGCUGAGACUAGUGGCCGAGCGGAAAAUGAGGCAGGACCUAGAAAAUCGGUGUGAGGAAUUGGAAGCAACUAUCAGACAACUGAAGAGAUGUAAAGAAGCAACAGAGAAUAAACUAAAAGAAGCCAGUGUGGAAUCAGAACAGAUAACAGCUAACCUGGAAGAAGCUCACCGCUGGUUUAAAUGCAGGUUCGAUGGCUUACAACUUGAGCUGACCAAAAACCGGCUGCAGAGGCUUCCCCGGGAAGACAAAUGGCCAGAAGAGAAUCAAGAUAAGCGGCUUGAUAUUUCAUCCAGCCAGUCAAUUCUACAUCGAUGGGAGACUAAACAAAACCUUGGGCUUAUGCCUAAGAAGUACUAUUCUGACACAGAGAAGAAAUGUCCUUGACGAAGGAGCCUCCUUGUGAGAAGUUUUGCCUCCAUGAUUCUGCUGGCCAGCAAGCGGGGCUGGCCUGUUCUGUAUUUAAGAACAUGCUGUGUGACGAGGAUUGGGGACUUUGUCCUUCGUGAAGUCUUUUAUGUUAUUGCAGAACCACCCCAUCUUUUUAUCCUCUUCCCUAUUUUCCACACAAUAAAUUUAAAUUAGUUUGUUUUA